AAUUUUCACAUCCCUAAUCGCAUAUUUUGGUCGCUCAUCUCGAUUUUUCGAUUAAUUUUGUGGAUUUUUGUUCGCCGGGUUAAUAAUUCUUUUUUCAUGCAUGUUCCCGGAAAGAGAUUUGAGCACAUUUUAUUCUGCUCCGUGUUUGAUUCGUUAAUUUAGUAAUUGCACAACUUAAGCUUUGGAGUUCCUCUAGCAAUUGGUAAGCUGCCGCUAUGCCACAAGCUAGAAGGAAAGUACCCUUCAGUGGGAAGGCAAAGAAACAACAGUUACAAGCCAAAAAGAAUAAAACUCUAUUAUUAUCAACACCUUCUGGUUCUAGUACUUGUGAUAUAGUAUCUGUGAACUAUCAGCCGAGUAAAAACCGUGCUGGUGGUCGUAAUAACCCCAACCGGUUUGUAUUGAAGUUCUACCGUGAAACAGAUGAAGAGUUGAAGAUAAAGAAGGAAGACGCUUUAAAAGCAAUAAAUCCUGUAUCGGAGGUGCAAAUGGAAGUGAAACCAUUAGAUUACUUCCCGGAAGAGUUGUCUUUCCCCAAAAGACCACCGUGGAGAUUUGGUACGAAAAAAGAAGAAUUGGAGGCGCAAGAGCAGCAAUCUUUUAGGAACUAUAUACAUAAGUUACAAGAGUCUGAUCAUUGGGAUGAUAUAUCAUAUUUCGAACUCAACUUGGAGACAUGGCGUCAACUCUGGCGCGUGUUGGAGAUGUGCGACAUCUUAUUGUUAAUCGUGGACGUCAGAUAUGCGGGCUUGAUGUUCCCUCCCUCUCUUUACCAACACAUAAGAGAGGAAGGCAAAGGUAUGAUAUUGGUAUUGAACAAGGUAGACCUUGUGCCCGCUUCGGUCGCGGUCGCUUGGUAUGAUUAUUUCAAGAAAACCUAUAAGUAUUUGAGAGUUGUAUUCUUCACGUCUUGUCCGGGAUAUGCUCUGAGAGGGGGGACGAGUGAUAAGGCUGGUCUUCAAGUAAGACGUCGGAAAGGUCGUCAACGGAUGUGUGUUGAAGGAGCUACAAAAAUAUAUGAAGCAUGCAAAGAUAUAGUGUGCUAUGAGCUAGAUCUUAGCUGUUGGGAGAAGAAAAUAAAAGAAGAGGCUGCUGUAGAAGACGAAGAAGACAACACCGAAGUCGGGGAAACUAUUGUGGAAGAGGCAGACACGACAUAUUUCAGUCACACGCGUUACGGCGACGGCAUGUUGACCGUCGGCUGUGUCGGGCAGCCCAACGUUGGGAAGUCGUCGUUGAUGAACGCUCUAAUGGGCAGGAAAGUUGUGUCCGUGUCCAAAACGCCCGGACACACGAAACACUUUCAGACUAUAUAUUUGACGCCAAAGGUCCGUCUGUGUGAUUGUCCGGGUCUAGUUUUCCCGUCGAAGGUGCCUCGUCCCAUACAAAUUCUAAUGGGAUCAUAUCCCAUAGCACAGUUGAGGGAGCCGUACACUACUAUAAGAUAUUUAGCAGAGAGGUUGGAUUUGCCGAAACUGUUGAGGAUAGAACAUCCAGAGAACGAUGACACCUGGUCGCCUAGAGAUAUAUGCGACGGAUGGGCCAAGAAACGUGGCUACCUUACAGCUAAAGCGGCUAGGUUAGAUACAUACAGAGCGGCUAAUAGUUUACUAAGGAUGGCUUUAGAUGGAAAGCUGUGCUUCUGGCUUCGACCACACGGUUUCACCAAAAAGAAAGAAAAAUUCGAAAAUCACGAAGAAAUCAAAUACGUGAAAUGGGUACAAGCUAUUACCAAUGAUGAAGAACGGAGUCCCGCGGUAUCAGAAUCUGAUGAUAAAUCCGAUUCCGACGCUGAUGACAUCGUUAGUAACGAUGAAGAAGACAGCGACGAAGCAAUCGUCGCGACGAGAAACAAAUUCACUGAGCUCUUGAACGCUGAUUAAUAUGAUUACAUUAAAUUAUAUAGUACGGGCUUUCAAAAGCAACUUUUUGACGCGAAAGUAACAAAUCACGCCCUCUAUUGUGAAAUAAAUAAAGUAUUUAAUUAU